AUGGGCAGUGAUCUAAUUGACAUAGCAGCGCUCUCAGAGCAGAUAUACUACAGCGACACAUACACAGACGAAAACAACAAUGUAUACAGGCACGUCAUCCUUCCUAACGAGCUUUCCCAAAUGCUUCCAAAGGGCCGGCUGCUGGAGGAGGAAGAGUGGCGCUCAAUAGGAAUUACCCAAAGCAAGGGAUGGAAACAUUAUAUGCGGCACGGGCCAGAGCCCCACGUAUUGCUAUUUAAAAAAUCUGCAAACAAUUAA